AUGGUUCAGAACAAAGGCUUCAUCUUCAAACAAGUCCCCAAAGGCGUUCCAGUCCCCGGCCAAGAUCUGGUGGUCGAAGCCCGGGACUUUGACCCCGAGCAAGCUCCUCCCUCGGGAGGCAUCACCACCAAGAACUUCUUUGCCUCAUUCGACCCCUACCAGCGUGGCCUCAUGCGCGAGCCAGAGACGAGAUCCUACUUCCCAGCAUACACCCUCGGCCAGCCCAUCACCAACUCCGCAGUCGCCAAGGUCCUGAAAUCAGACAGCGCGGAUUUCCAGGCCGGGGACCUCGUCUAUGGGAACAUUCCCACGGAGGAGUACUCGGCGCUGGAGAAGGAGGCGUUGGCGGCCGUGCGGGUGAUUGACAACCCGUACAACUUGGAUCUGAAGGUCUUCACGGGCGCCCUGGGCAUGCCGGGCCUGACCGCCUACUCGUCCCUGUACGAGAUUGGCAAGCCGCAGAAGGGCGAGACCAUCUUCAUCUCGGCUGCCUCGGGCGCCGUGGGUCAGAUCGUGGGACAGCUGGCCAAGCACGAAGGGCUCCGGGUCAUCGGCUCCGUCGGCUCCGACGAGAAGCUGGACUUCAUCAUCGACGAGCUGAAAUACGACGGGGGCUUCAACUACAAGAAGGAGAACCCGCUCGAGGCCCUGCGGCGACUGGCGCCCGACGGGAUCGACAUCUACUACGAGAACGUCGGCGGCGAGCAGCUCGAGGUCGCGCUGGAAGUCAUGAACGACUUUGGCCGGAUCGUCGCCUGUGGCAUGGUCUCGGAAUACAACAGCGAGCCCGAUCAGCGGUACGGCAUCCGGAACCUGAUGUACAUCGUGGCCAAGCGGAUCAGUUUCCGGGGCUUCAUCGUCGGCGACAAGAACAUGGGCCCCUUGCACUUCGAGGAGCAGUACCGGAACGUCUCGAAGUGGCUCCACGAUGGGACCUUCAAGGCGCGGAUAAGCGUCACGGAGGGGAUCGACAAUGCGCCGGAGGGCUUCGUGGGCAUGCUCCAGGGCAAGAACUUUGGGAAAGCGGUGUUGAAGAUUGCGGAUCCGGAGGUGAGUAGCGGCGACUCCGAAGACGGGAAAGUGACCAACCUCGGGGAAAUGUUUUGCUUCUGCUUUGAUGCGACCAGGAUAGCGGGCGAUACGGGGGGAGUCUCAGGGUGCCAGGGCGGCUGGCUCCGCCCGACGUUUUAA